UUGUGUUGAAAUAUUUUUGCACAGAAGGAUUGAACACUAGUCUAGGUGAUGCAGUCUUGUUUUCCUCUCUUUAUUUCUCUGUUAUUCUCUUUCAUGGUGCUGUCCUCACCAGUAGCUGUCCAUUCAUUCGUCAUGAUUAGUAUGUGAUCUUCCAGAUACCUUUUUGUGUGUGUUUUCAGUUGUAUAGACUUGCAUUAGAAUCAUGGCGCUAAUCACAAGAGGACUCCACAGGGUAUUUUUCUGGACCAAGAGACCAAAUGGCUCAUUUACAGGUCUUUUGCAUGGUGAGAGGUGCUGCGAGGAGAACAGCAUGGAGACCAACGUGACACAGAUCUCCAGAGAAGAUCUGGAGGACCUGAGAGAGGCUUUCAACAAAAUUGAUAUUGAUAACAGCGGCUAUGUAAGUGAUUUUGAACUUCAAGAGCUUUUUCGACAUGCCAGUUUUCACCUUCCCGGAUACAAGGUACGGGAGAUCGUGGAGAAGUUCAUGGCAGCUGACACCAGCAAAGAUGAGAAGAUCAGUUUUGAAGAGUUUGUUGCAAUGUACCAAGAGCUAAGAAGCAAAGAGGUGAGAGAAACUUUCCGCAAGUGUAUCUCCAGGCGGGAUGGGAUUCGUUCGUUUGGAGGAACGUCAAGGAUCUCCAGUGAAGGAACUCAGCAUUCUUACUCAGAUGAAGAAAAAGUGGCCUUUGUGAACUGGGUCAAUAAGGCCUUGAGAGAUGAUCCUGACUGCAAGCAUCUGAUCCCAAUGGACCCGGAGACUGACAGUUUAUUCAAAUCCGUGAAAGAUGGAAUAUUGCUGUGCAAAAUGAUCAACCUCUCACAGCCUGACACCAUUGAUGAGCGGGUCAUCAACACAAAGAAAUGCACUCCAUUUACAAUGACGGAGAAUUUGGUGUUGGCUCUUAACUCUGCGUCAGCUAUCGGCUGCACGGUAGUCAACAUCGAUGCUCAGGACAUGAAAGCAGGAACGCCUCACCUCGUGCUUGGCCUCCUCUGGCAAAUCAUAAAAAUUGGCCUCUUCGCUGACAUUGAGAUCUCACGCAAUGAAGCUCUAAUUGCUUUGCUGGAAGAGUCAGAGGACCUGGACCACCUGAUGUCAAUGUCCCCUGAGGACCUUUUGCUGAGAUGGGUCAACUAUCACCUCAAAGCUGCUGGCUGGCAACCAAUCAGCAACUUCAGUGAUGAUAUUAAGGACUCCAGGGCAUAUUUCCACCUGCUUAAUCAGAUCUCGCCUAAAGGAGACGGUGAUGACGAGAUGAGGAUUGACAUUGACAUGACUGGUUUCAAUGAGCGUGAUGAUGAAAAGCGAGCAGAGCUGAUGCUGAGGCAGGCGGAUCGUCUGGACUGCAGACAGUUUGUCACUCCCAAGGAUGUGGUGUCAGGAAACCAGAAACUCAACAUGGCCUUUGUAGCCAAUCUUUUCAACAUGUACCCGGCCUUGAGCCGACUCGCCAGCAAUGGCAUUGAUUAUGCAAUCGAGGGGGAAACAAGAGAGGACAGAACAUUCAGGAACUGGAUGAAUUCUCUGGGAGUUUCUCCACAUGUCCAUCGUCUGUACAAUGAUCUGCACGAUGGUCUCAUCAUUCUUCAGUUGUAUGAGAGAGUCCAGGUUCCUGUUGACUGGACUAGAGUCAAUAAACCUCCCUAUCCAGCACUGGGAUCCAACAUGAAGAAGCUUGAGAAUUGUAAUUAUGCGGUCGCACUGGGCAAAAAGGAAGCAAAGUUUUCCUUAGUAGGAAUCGGUGGGGAGAAUAUCAACGAAGGAAGCCCCAUGCAUACCCUUGCACUGGUCUGGCAACUAAUGAGAAGGUACACUGUGAAGGUUCUGUCUGACAUUGGUGAUGGAGAAAAAGUCACUGACCAAAUUAUUAUCAACUGGGUAAACGAAACCUUGAAACAAGGCCAGAAAGAUACUUAUAUUAGCAGCUUCAAGGACAAAUCAAUCAGCACUAGCCUGGCAGUGAUUGAUCUGAUCGACACCAUCAUGCCCAAAGCCAUCAAACACGAGAUGGUUAAGAGAGGAGACCUGACGCCAGAGGACAAGCUAAACAAUGCAAAAUACGCAAUCUCAGUGGCGCGAAAAAUCGGAGUCAGGGUGUACGCCCUGCCCGAUGACCUUGUGGAGGUCAAACCCAAGAUGGUGAUGACGGUGUUUGCAUGCCUUAUGGGAAGAAGCUUGAAGAAAGUAGACGGCUGACCUUUCUUGAAGGACGCUGUCAGAAAGCACAACCCUCACUUUGCACUUUUUCUUCCUCUGACUUUUCUUUCGCCUCACUCACCAAUACUUUAUUGCAUUCGUUUAUUUUUAAAUUAAUAUUUCUUUACAUUUAAUCUUUAAUUACUUGACCUCUUAUUAAUUACAUUUCACUAAUCGUUUAAUUUCUCCUAUUAUUCAAAGACAAUGUGGUUUUUGGUUUUCUUAAAGAAAUAGUUCACCCAAAUAUAUACUCAACCUCAGGUCAUGUAAGAUGUAAAUGACUUUAUUUCUUCAUUGGAACAGAUUUGGAAAAAUGUAGUAUUACAUCUCUUGUUCACCAAUAAAUCCUUUGCAGUGAAUGGGUGCCGACAGAUAAAAACAUCACAAUAAUCCACAAAAGCUGCAUGUUUGUAUUAAGCAAAUCCAUUAUUAAGAUGUUUCACUGAUGGUUUAAGUCCAUAACACAUUAUAACACUGUGUUUACAGCUAUUUGUUUAGAACUGUUAUGGCUUGAUCUAUGCAUAUUUCUCUCCUGAUUCAGAUGAGAUGUUUUCUUUAAAGAAAACAAUAUUAUGAAUAGAAGACUGGUAUUCUAUCCGGAAAACAGACGAUUUGAAGCCUGUUUAUUACUUAUUGUUAUUUAUUACUUAUUGUGGUGUUUUUAUCAGCUAUUCGGUCUCUCAUUCUGACGGCACCCAUUCAGUACAGAGCAUCCAUUGGUGAGAAAGUGAUGUAAUGCUACAUGAUGAUGCAACAAACUCAUUUGCUUCUUGGACAGCCUGAGGGUGAGUACAUUUUAAGAAAAUUGAGAUUUUUGGGUGAACAGUUCCUUAAUAAUUGUGAAUAACUGUUUCCAUUUAUUCACUGACUCAUUGAUUAAAAUGAUUCUUUCAGUUAGGCCGGACUGUAAAUAGUUGGAUAUUUUUACAUUACGUAAAUAAAGGUGCCCACAAGAAAUA